UGCUCGCUGCGCGCGCGCAGUGCCUUCUGCGGGAGGGAUACCUCCGGCCGCGGCCCCGCCUUCCCCGGCGCGGCCCGCCCAGUCCAAGGGACGCGGGCUGGGCUCUGCGGUCCCGCGGAAGGGGGAGGUUAGGGUGAACCCCGUGUGGGGGCUUGUCUAGGACGUGGCGGAGGCCGGGAGCCCGAGGCCGGGAAACUGAGACCCAGAAGUGAGGAAACUCGACUGGGAACGCACAGCAAGGUAAGAGGUGACCAAGAAGCAUUCAGAAGCUAAACCAUGGAUCCACCUGCCCGGAAAGAAAAAUCCAAAGUUAAAGAACCUGCCUUCAGAGUGGAGAAGGCUAAACAGAAAUCUGCCCAGCAGGAGCUGAAGCAGAGACAAAGAGCAGAGAUCUAUGCUCUCAACAGAGUCAUGACAGAGCUGGAGCAGCAGCAGUUUGAUGAGUUCUGUAAGCAGAUGCAGCCGCCUGGGGAGUGAGCCAGCCUGCAACCCAGCCAGAGGGACUGGCGCCCUUGUCUGUGAACUCAUUCCCACUGUUCCACUGAGCUGGCCCAUUGGAGCCUUAGAGAACUAAUCAAGACCUGUGGAGACCUCGGCACUGAAUUUCCUAUAGGCAACUUCCACCACACUGGUGUCUACUUUCAGAAUUGGCCCAGUGCUUGCUGGGUAGACUUUUCAUCUAGGACAGUGGAUUUUUCAAAAAGAUGUUUUUUCUAUUGUUUUCGAAAAACAUUGUUUCUUGUGAAACUGUGUGUCUUCCCUAAAAAUAAUAAAAUACAAAAAUGUUCA